GUAGCGCGUAGGGCUCGACUCGUAGCGUCAGUGCCGCGGAGGCGAGCGAACCGACCGGCCGCUACGACGCUACGCGCGGCUACGCAAUGUUGUGGUUAUCCGUUACGCUUUUGGCGGUUUUUGCCUCGGUCCAAGGACGAGCGGUGAACAUCAGCAACACGUGGGUGCUGCCAGAGGAGGGGUUCCCGGUGUUCUACCGCUACUUCAGGGACCGCAUCUCGUGGUACGAGGCCGACGCCGUCUGCCAGUUCCAUCAUGCCAACCUUGUCACUGUGGACACAACAGCGCAGUACGACGCUGUGCGGGCUUAUCUCAAGGAGCUGGACAUCUCCAGCGCCGUCUGGGUCGGCCUUAUCCGCAGUAAUCCCGAUGGAGACUUCACCUGGACGGACUACCGCGGCUUAAGCGGAGAAGGGUAUUGGAGCUCAGCCCCUGACGCUCGCUCCGCCCCGCUGUGUGCGGCCGCAGACCCGGCAGCCGACUACCGCUGGGAGGCUCGAGCCUGCGGCGGGCCUACUGUGGCCUCCUUCAUAUGUGAACUACCUGUGCCUCAAUGGGCGCUCGGCAAGGAUGGUUGCAUGGUGCGCGCGCUGCCAGCGCUGACUGCGCUGUACCUGCCAGAGAGCGCCGCCGUGCAGCUCACCGCCGACUGCGGGCUGGCCGGCGUGAAGCGAGUGCAAUGUACUGGCAAUGUGAAACGUGAGGAGCUGUUGAAAGAGCUAUCCUGUAACGAAGAAGAUGAACCCUCGACUACUCCGAGCCUGACAUCAACCAGUACAAUAUGGUCGGCUACUGACACUACUCUCACUGAUCAAGAAGUAACUACAGAUGAACUAUCAACAUCUGAUAAUAUUGUUACCGAAGAAAAGGAGAUAAGUAAUUCACCGCCACAUAUUACUGAAACUUCUACUCCAUUCAGUUUACAUUCACAACCAGAAAUUUCCACACCAACAAAAUUGAGUUUGAACAUCCAAAAUUAUAUUAGAAUACCUCUAGAUAAAGAAUUUAAUCUAGAACCGAUUCAUAGUAAUGAUAUUCCACAACCAGAACACCAAGAAACUACUUUUGGUAAGGAUCAUCUUCAUAAUAUCGAGAAUAACAAGAGUUAUCAACAUCGGCUCUUACACGAUGAGAUGACGCGAUUGGGCAAUUCAGAAACUAUAUUUACACAGCCUACUGAUCAUUUUGUACCACCGCUUGUCAUGGCAAAAGCAAGAAUUAGCGAUGAUAUGACUGUUUUAUCUCUAGAAGAAAAGCAUGCCCAACAAAUAGCUGAACACCAGCGCCUAUAUAACCAUAAUAAGAUAGUGGAGCAUAUCAGUGUCACACCUUCUCCAGAUACCACCCCUAAUGUAAUAUCAACUACUCUAAUCCCAACGAACGUUAUUACAGAACAAAAAUCAACAGAUACGCCAGUACUUAUAGGCAGUGUGACAAAAGAAACAAAAUCGAAUGUUCCCAAAAAGUACUCAGAAAAACAUGAUAGUCUAAAGGUAAAGACAUAUAAACUACAAAAAACUGUAAAACUUGAUAGUCUUUCCACAUUACAACCAUUAAAGUCAGAAAAGGUGACUGAAACAGCAAUUACCAAAUUACAAACAGAUUCACACUCUGCUUCAGAAGAGGAUCCAAGUAUUGAUCUCACUGUGAUUAUAAACGAACCGGGUGCCGGGAAUGGUCAGCAAAUAUUUUAUUCCAACCACACAAAUACUUUAACUAGAACUGAACAGGUAGCCAGCAUGACGAAUUCAAGCACAAAACAACCUGUAAUGAAAUCCUCAACAACAGAAAUGCCUAUUUUAACAGCAAGUCCCGUUACUGAAAAUGAGCCACAAGAACCGUCAAGUGUUACGCUCAACCACGAAAUAAUUAAAAUAACACUAAUCAAUGAUAACACGAGCGCUGAAAAUUCAUCUCCGAUUGUAUUUGAAGUUUCAACUUUAGUACCACUCUUCAAUAAUCAGUCUGCAAACUUUUCACCUUCAUCGACACUAUCAACAGUGUUUGGUAGCAAUCAUACGACGUCUCCAGCUGUUAGCAAUAAUUCUGCAACAUCUACCACUGUUUUGACUAUAAGUAAUUCAAGCAGUACAACACAAUCUUCUGUAGAAAAUAAUUCAGUCAGGAAUUCUACCUCAGAGUUAACUACUGCUAUUCACAUGUUGACCAAUAAAGACCAAAAUGUUUCAGUGACCGAAUCGCCAGUAACAACACCAGAAUUGAUAACAGGGACAGCCACUUUAGCCACAACAACGUUAUUAGUAAAUGAGAAUGCCACCGAAGAAGUUACCAAAGCUGUCAAUAUGACUGCUGCUACGACUAUGAACAUAGAAGAUUCGACACCAGCACAAAUUGAGAUAUUUAACCACACUGAUAAUUUUGAAGGCCACGAGAACGAAGAGCAUGAUGGAGAAAUCAUAGAUGAUUAUCAAUCACCGUUACUUUCAGCUGCCAACGAGCCACUGCAUCGACCGCGGUCCCGAAGACCCCUGCCUAACCCGAAUCGGAUGAAAACAUUUAAUCCAUUCCGCAUAUUAGGUUAGGUUAGCAAACAUGACUGUAAUGACUGCCACAAAAUGGAAUUAUACUGUGGAUGAAUGACGACUGAAGAAGUAAACACUCUGCAUUUCAUUCAUAGAAUUAGUAUUCUAAAACUGUCACAAGAGAGUGAUAUGGUGCACUUA